AUGCGAAAAAAGAGAAAAUAUCAACAACCUCAAAGUAUUCGUAAAUCCAAGCAAUGUGUUAGCGAUACAUUACUUCAAAAACGAUGUCGUAAACGUACAGCCCAUACGCCGAAAUGUUGGAUACAUUUAGCGAAACAAGAUAAUUUGCGUAUUAAACCGUCCCAAAUUACAAAUGCUGGAAAAGGUUUAUUUAGUUGGAAAAAACCCAUACCCUCGGGACGUGUAAUUUCAAAAUACACCGGACGACGUCGUACUCGUGAACAAAUUGAUCGAAAAUAUGGUGAUAAAGUUGCAAAAUAUACCAUAUGUAAUAAAAAAGGAUUAUGUAUUGAUGCAAAUCAUACAACGGAUGCCGCGGCUAGAUUUGCCAACGAUUCUAGAAAUACCCGAUUUCCCUAUAAUGGUAGGAUGGGGGGAAAUCAAAUGUUUCGUCUAAAAUCCUCACAACAUAUUCCAGCGCAUUUGGAAAUUUUUGUCGACUACGGUAGGGAAUAUUGGUUAUAA